AUGAAUCUAAAAUAUCUAUAUCAAGAAUACAUACAAUUCUGUUAUAUUGGCAAAGUUGAGGAAGCUAUUGGCAGCAAUUGUUGUUAUAGCCGUGUUUUUCAGAUAGCUAAUAAAGGAGAAAACAAGUUUUUACACAAAACUCAAGAUACUUUACAAACCUUUAAUUCAGUUUCAUUUAAGAGAUUAAUGCAGACACAUAGAUAUAUUUUUAUCAAGUUAUUAAAUAAAUACACUCACAAUACUCGAGCACCAGCCACAAUAUCUGAUCCAGUUGGCAUUUGGGUAAUAUUUGGUCCAGUACAGGAGAUUGUAUGGGAAUUAGGACAUGAGCACUGGGCGAAAGCAAUAUUAACAGCAAGACGAAGUUCGCUAUAUAGUUUACGAAUAAAUUGUUACUUUUUUAUUGGUAAUAGACUCUCUGAUGAUCUAAUUGCAUUAUAA